ACUGCCCCUCCGCUUGUCCCCCUCAGUCUCCAGUUAACCGCUGCGGUACUGGGUAUACCUCUGGUUCGACGCCUGCAUCGACGGUGGACAUCCCCCACCUGUCUGCAAUGACCGCAGUCUACUCUCAACGUCUCCAGCCUCUUCGCCAACAUACCCACCAAGCCCAGCAACCGCUACAAACCCCGAUCCAGAGGCAAACAUCCAAGCAGCGUUUCGUCUCGGAAUUCUCGCGAUGUCUAUUCGACUUUGUGAUCCAGUUGCUACCCACAACGGAGGAGCUUACCAUCAAGGAGGAUGUCCGCAAGCUUCUUGAACGCCUCAUUAGAACAAUAGAGCCAGAAAGCCGUCUGUUAUCGUUUGGCAGCACUGCGAAUGGAUUUAGUCUUCGCAACUCGGACAUGGAUCUGUGUUGUCUGAUCGACUCCGAAGAACGCUUGUCUGCAAGCGAUCUAGUCACCAUGCUCGGUGACUUACUAGAACGGGAGACGAAGUUUCAUGUCAAACCUCUCCCUCAUGCCCGAAUACCCAUCGUCAAGUUAUCAUUAGAACCUUCGCCUGGUUUACCCUAUGGCAUUGCUUGUGACAUUGGGUUCGAAAACAGGCUUGCUCUCGAAAACACUCGACUGCUGAUGUGUUAUGCUAUGAUCGACCCGCCCCGUGUGCGCACUAUGGUCUUAUUUCUUAAAGUUUGGUGUAAACGACGAAAAAUCAACUCGCCAUACAAGGGUACCCUAUCAUCUUACGGAUAUGUUUUACUUGUAAUAUUCUUCUUGGUUCAUGUAAAGAAUCCUCCUGUACUGCCAAAUCUGCAGCAAAUGCCGGCGUUGCGGCCUAUAUCCCCGGAGGAAACACAUCUCAAUGGGCAUAAUAUAUGGUUUUUCGACGAUAUCCGUUUGCUUCGUCAACGAUGGCAAUCUAGCAACACCGAGAGCGUUGCCGAACUCUUAGUGGACUUCUUUCGUUACUAUUCUCGUGAUUUUAACUACAACAACGGCGUUGUCUCCAUUAGAGCUGGCCUUCUGAAGAAAGAUGGCAAAGGAUGGCAAAGCGAUUCUGACAGGGGAACUGCGAGAGAGCGGAAUCGACUGUGUAUUGAAGAUCCUUUUGAGGUCGACUUCAACGUUUCGCGAUGCGUUACAAGAGACGGCCUAUACACGGUUCGCGGCGAACUGAUGCGUGCUUCUCGCAUUCUCGCAUCCCGACCUGAGCGAGCUAUCGUCGCCCUCGCCCAACUCUGUGAGGAACGAAAGGAUGAAGAACUUUUAACUGCAUCUCCCUCACGUCCAUCAUCAACCAAUUUCAUACCGCCCAGACUAUCCCCCCUUCCGCCGCAGACACCUUAUACGGUCGGUAGCAAUCCGCUGCGCGCAGGUCCGCCUGAUCGUCUAUCACCGCCUCAAGUACACGAUCCACCUCCUGCCUUCGUGCAGAAGGCGGCUAUGGCUCAACUGCCUAUGCUACCUGAUCAGCAAUUGGAUCAUAUGGCACCCAAGCGAACGAAAUGGACCAGUCCUCCUCCUCCUGAGGCUCCGGCCGAGGAUAGAGAAGCGUUUGACACCCAGUUGGGUAGAGUAUUCGCCCUCGCCACGGCGUCUAGUAUCAGACAACGAGAAAGAGAACCAGAUACUGCUUCUGAGAAGAGUAUCAUCACGGAUGAAGAUUUCGAGGAAAAUAGAUCCUUGGCAGAGUCCGAUGACGUGAGGUCAAUACGAUCAUUCACAGAUGAAGGCACUGUGCCAUUCGGAGGCAGGUUCCAGCACCCACAUGCAAGGGGCUUGACUCAACCAUUCUCAGCAGUCCAACUUCGUCCACAUCCUCACCAGGAUUUCCGUUCCGCCUCGUUCGUCCCGGACCCAUCGAGUUCUAGAGGAAACGUGCAGGGUGAUAAAGCUUUUUUUGACCCUAGGAUGGUCAGCAGUGGUCGUCUACGUGAUCGGCCGUUCAGACUUGGACAGCAGGUUUCCGAGGCUCCUACACGUCAACAUCAAGAACAACCACCUAGACUUAGUGUGGAUUCAUCCUCUCCUCGGAGGAGUUCUUCUGGGCCUCCGCCUCGUGCAGCUUCUCAUAGGUUUUCGAUGCCUGUCAUACCCAUAUACACACCCCGGCCCCAAGUGGUCACGACGUCAGCGUCUCAAGCCCAACGAGCAGCGGUAUUCUACGAGACGUCGCCGUUGAAGGAAAGGCUGUCAAGAGCUUUAGCUGCCGGGACGAGAAGUGGCGAGAGUGCUACUCCGGUUCCUGCAGUUAACGUAACGCCGCCUUACGGAAGCCCAUUAUCAGCAACUCCAGUGCAUGACAUUGGAUCCGGAGGUAUACGAGGGCCAAUGAUACAACGGUCUCCCUCAAUGGAGAGUGAUUUGAGUACUGAAUCGCCGAAGCAGCCGGUGGUCAAUAUCCCUGGACAUCAUGAAGGAGAGUUGGUUUUCAGUAUACCUCAAGUACCACUUCAAGAGCAAUAUUCACAAUAUCCUCAAAUACGAUCGCAUUAUCUUCUUCAACAUGACCUGCAACAAUACCUGGGCAACGAGAUACCCUCAGCGUCGACAACGCCGUUACCCGCCUCCUCUUCAAUACCAGCCAUUUCCAUGGAUUCAUCGGCCUCUGUGCCAUAUGCUCACCCUCUCACUCAAUCAUAUUCGCAAUCUCAUACUCAUCGUUUACCCUCACAUUCUCACUCACAUUCCACCGCUACCAUCACUGCACCUACACCUCCUCCACAAGUACUGCCCGUAAUCCAAUCAAGAUCCGCAUUGCAUACCGAUACUUCGCCUUCACAUUCACCGUCCCAGUUCCCUUAUAAUUUGGAUCAUUACACUCGUGAACGCAGUCGAUCAAUUUCCCGCUCUCCCGUCCAGCCUCUACCUUCUCCAUCAAUACCCGUAUCCUCCCAUUCCCCGCGUUUGCCCUCACCGAAUGAGCUUCCGCUUGGUGACCGAGAUUUGCGUUCCGUGUCGCCGAUGUCGGACGAUGAGAGCGGGUCUCCAUCUAUGAUAUCUUGUAGCAGCUCGCCCGCUCGAUAUGCUGCCUCUGUUUCCCCUAUAUCGACUUCUCCGCCAUCGCCAAGACAUUCGAACGUCAAAUUGCCGCCUUCAAGUGCAUCUGGACCUGUUGGGUCGGAUGCGGAGUCGAAAAAUCUGAAGGAAGGUGUUGUGGAAAUCGGGAUCGCGGUCCCGGAUGUUGUGGAGAAUGGCGAGCAUGAUUUAGUCAAGGAGACUGCUAACUUGAAGAUAGGUGCCGAAGAAUAGGGUGUUGGUUUGCGACCUCAAUAGCUGUAAUAUGUGGUCCGUUGGAUGAAGGGGUUGGCUAUGCAGAUAUGGCAUCGCAUGCCAGCGGCGACAAGCAAGCCAUUCAACACUCUCAUUCUAUGAACAUUCCUAUCAAUGGCCAUGCUACAAGGUUCGAUGCCUUACUCCGUCACGACAAGGUUCUUUCCAUCAAGAUUCCAACUUCGCGCUUUCGCUACGUUCCGCAAUCCGUAUUGCAUAAUCAAGCCUGUUUCUUGGUUUCAUCUGAUUGUUUUCUUGGCAAUUCAGUAACACCACACUACCUUACUAUCGCAGCUCCUGCAUCUUUUACGGUCUGUCUGCAUAACCAAUCCUCCUUUAGCCGCUUUCAUGUUCAACUCUCUGUCGUCGGCUUCCAGUGCUGUCAGACCGUUGUAUACAUACUAUGUUCUGCAUGUCGUAUGUACUGUAUUAUGUUAUGCUUAGGCAACAUUCUAGAGUGCAAAUUGUAGAACGUUGGAUGUUGAGGUUUGUCUAGCUUCCAGUGCCACGGAGGGCAUGUUGACAUCAAUCGCACAUUCCAUCACUAGUACAUCAGC